UUCACUUGUUUGUUUUGCUGUCAUUGCGUAUACUCCGUCCGUCUGCAUAAAGCGUAUAUCGUAGUGAACAAUAGCGUGAAUUGUUUGGUUUUGCAGAUUAGAUUCAAAAGAACUCUUCCGAAAAUGGCUAUGUGGUUUCAUAGGAACGUCUUGAAGGCGACAGUUGUUGCCAACUUCGAUUUUCAGUACAUCCAGCACGAUGUCGAUGCUACGAAAGUGGCCUGUGAGCUCAAAGCAACUCGCUAUAAACUGCUGGACAUGUUGCCAGAUCCUCGAGGCUCUGGUGUAGCUAUGGAGCAAGCCCUCACAGCAUAUAUUGCUGUUCUACAGGGCAUGCUUGAGGCCCCUGAUGGUAGUGGGGCUCCAAGUAAGCUUCGCCAUGCCCUGCUUUUCAAGUGGUCACAUUCCCUUCUUGGUACAACUCCCCAAAUUCAACAAGAUGCAGUGUUUGAGGCUGCCAAUAUAAUUGUUAAUGUGGCUAUCUGGUUCAUGAAGCAUGCCUCAACAUUGUGUGUCAAGGAUGAGAUGAAUAUGGAUGACGCAAAAGAGGUUCACACAGCAAUGCGUAGAGCUGGUGGUCUCUUUGAAGUGGUCCAGAAGAAAUAUUUGCCGUUGUUGCGUGAAAAGGCGAGAGAGGGAGGAGAUCUUGAUCCUCGAGUGGUGAGGGCUUACAAAGACCAAUGCACAGCUGAAGCUCAAGAAGUUUCUGUUGCACGUGCUGUUGAACUAAAGCACAGCCCAAGUCUUGUGAGUGCCCUUGCCAAUGAAACGGCAAAAUUAUUUUAUGAGGCGGACGCAGCUUUGAGUUCCCUUGAUGAGAAGGUUUCUGGUCAAUGGCGAAAAUACCUGCAACUUAAAAAUCACUUCUACAUGGCCUAUGCCCAUACAUACUGUGGAGAAAAUCUGCUAUCACAGGACAAGUGUGGUGAGGCCAUAAGGUCACUGAGGGAGGCACAAACUCAUUACGAAAAAGCUGCUGCUCUCUGCAAGGAUUAUGCCUCAACCAAAGGGCCAGCCCCACGCACUGGCAGGCCAGAUUAUUUUUCAUUUUUCAAGAAACUUGCCUUACGAUUCAAACUUACUCUGGAAAAAUGCGAAAGGGAGAAUGGUUUCAUAUAUCACCAAAAAAUUCCAAACGAUGCUCCAGACUUAGAAAUGAAAGCAACCUACGGCCUGGCCAGUCCUGUAGAGUUUCAAAUGCCUGCCCCUUCACCUCUUUGGACGCCCGUGGCAUAUGCUGCCAUUGAUGCACCCCGGUCUUCGCCCAAUGACCCUGCAACAUCGAAGGCAGCUGCCAAGCUAGAGGGCGAUCUAAAACCUGUGAAUGAGGUAAAAGUGGAAGGUGUGAACACAGAGGCAAAGCCCGAUGACAAAAAUUGCAUUCUUCAAUGAGUGUCAGUAACGUUUCUUCACAAAUCAUGUGUCUCAUUGAUUUUUUCUUUCUUUAUUUCACUUAGUCCUUUAAUAGACAGUGACGAAGUCUAGGAAAUUUCACCGUGCUAUUAAUAGGUGAUGUUUUUUUUCUAACUUUUUUGUACAUAUGUCUAUUUGCUUUGAAACCAUAUAUAUAUGAAAGCUAUAUUUAAAAGCAUAUAUUUUUUUUAUUGUGCAAAUACAUAAUUAAAUUAUGUAUAAGUUGUAAUUUAAAAUUACAGAUUUGAAUGAGUGGAAUUGUGCUUGCAGUCUGUUCUUUCUUGCUGGCAACUGAUCAUAUUGUGGACCCUCAAGUCAAAACCAAUUAUUUGUUGACUGUGUGUAUGGAUGAUUGCGUUUAUAUUAUUUUUGCAUGUAAAGCACCGGUUAUGUAUGUAGUCAAAUCUAUUGCAGAAGUUUAGUGCCCCAAAAUUUACAAAAUUGACUCAUUUUGUACAUGUUUUACUAGAUAAUAAUUUUAACAGAUUUGUUAUGCCUUCAUAUUGCAAGAAGUACCAGUACCUCAUUUUUCUUAUAACAAAGUGUCAGUACUGGCCAUAAAUUUUGAUUGCAUGUUUAAUCCUUCUCCUCUGUAUUCUUUUUCCCUUUUUUAAUGUACUUAUUAUCUUGUGUUUAAAACAAAACAAAUGUUCUGAAAGUACUUUGAAAUUUCAAGAACAUCUAGUCAUCCUCUAUUUUUGUUGCUGAAUUUUGUUACCCAUUUUAAUUUUUAUCUUUU